CAGCUAACUCAAAAGACAUUCAGAUUCACUCAAUCGGUUCGGGUGGGAGAAACAUUCAAUCGUUUAACGUGUAUCGUUCAAGCUUCAACAAUUUAAUAUUGAAAUAUAAAAGAAAUUCUUUUCAUUUGAAUUUGCUAAUUACUAAUUGUAUUUUCAUUCCGAUAAACCAAAAUAAAAUCAUUUAAAAUGAAAUUCGUCAUCGCCCUUGCGUCGAUUCUGUUCAUCGGCUCAGUUGCCAGUGUAGAGGAAGGUUCUUGCUCCAAGGCAACCUCGAAUGUGUGCAGUGUGGUCAGCCCUGGAGGAAACUUCGGUAAAUGUAACGCACAAUACGGUGCUAUUCCACACAUUGAACACCAUCUUCAAUCUUAUGCCAGUCAACAGUUAAGUGCAUCAUACGACUACUUGCUAUUGAGCUCCUUCUACAACACCUACCAGAGGGAUCGUCCUGGAUUCUCCAAACUCUUCCGUUCUCUGUCCGAUGAGGCUUUCGAGAAUGCCAUCAAAUUGAUCAAGCACACAACCAAGCGUGGUGGAGUGACUCCAUUCAGAGUGCACCAACAAGUCAAGCGUGGCCGCGUUCCAUACGAGGAUACCACCAAGACAUUGGACUUCGACGAAUUGCCAGCUUUGGCCAAGGCUCUCGACAUCGAAAAGGAACUCUCGAAGAAGGCCAUCGAAAUUCAUGCUCAUGUUGCUGUCCACAAUAAACAAGCCUCAGACACCAUCACCUAUGAUCCAGAAAUCUCGCAUUUCAUUGAGGAGGAAUUCCUUGGACAACAAUCUUCGAACAUUCGCAAAUUGUCUGGUUAUGCCAAUGAUUUGCACAAGAUUGUCAACAAGAAUGCCAACGGAGGAAGGUCCACCGCUUUGGGAGUCUACUUGUUCGAUGAAUACUUGCAAAAGUUGUAAAUUUGCAAUUUACAAGACAUCUUCAUCAUCAUGAAAUCAUCAUCUUCAAUUGCAGUAUAACCACAACAGAAAUGGAUAAUUUUGAACACCUAGUUUCUGCUUUGGUUGUUUUAUUUUUUAAAUAAAACUUUAAAGUAACAUCAUAAUUCAUGUUUAUUUAUUGAGAAAUCCAAAUGGAUUUAAUUAUUGUGAUGUGAUUAAUAAGAAAAUGAAUAAACUGCAGUUGAACAAAGAAA